UAAAUUGCCGAGCCCAAUCAAGCGACAUCAGAGCAUUUUCAACUGACGUGGCAAAGCAUCAUAAUGUGGGUGUGGUUUAGUAUUGUCAACAUUCUGGUGACAUAACUGGUUUCUUCAAAAUGGCGACGGUGGACCACAGAGAAGCAGGUCAGGACGACCCAGAGAGUGAGGAUGAGGUUUAUGAAGUUGUUGACCUGACAGAAUAUGCCCGGAGGCACCAGUGGUGGAGCAGGGUGUUUGGGAACAAUUCAGGUCCGAUUGCUGAGAAAUAUUCCGUGGCCACUCAGCUAAUGAUGGGAGGGGUGACUGGAUGGUGUGCUGGUUACCUCUUCCAGAGAGUUGGGAAAAUAGCUGCUACCGCUGUCGGUGGAGGUUUCCUUCUUUUACAGAUCGCCAAUCACAGUGGCUAUGUGCAGGUAGAUUGGAAGAAGGUGGAAAAGGACGUGAACAAAGCAAAGAAGCACUUGAAGAAGAAAGCAAACAAAGCAGCACCUGAAAUAAACACAUUCAUUGAGGAGGUAAAGGCCACAGACUUUAUAAAGAGGAACAUCGUCCUGUCCAGUGGAUUCGUUGGCGGCUUCUUUCUAGGUUUGGCCUCCUGAAGCUGCUGCACACGCCGCAGUCUCCUCUUACUGUGAAUCACAUCACUACAUAGGUCACUUAUCGCUCCAUUGUUUACCUCUCGGCCCCAUGUGUCCACUGCUUUAUCUUUUAAUGAACUAAACGGGGGGUUAUAAUGAACAUUAAAGCAUGAACUGUUGUGGCAGUGAUAUUAACUGUA